AUGGAGAAUGGCGCAGGAAUUUUUGACAUGAACGAAAAUAGCGACUUGGAAUUUAAAAUUGUAUCCUAUAAACGAAAACGACGUAGUCCUAAUAAGAAGGGCAUUCUUAAACCUAAUUCCUCUACGGAAUCAGAUAUUGAUUUAGAAGAAGCUGUUAGAAGAAUUUCCAGAGCUAAAGCUGAAAUCUUCACCACAGAUCUGUAUGCUUCUGUAAAAGCAUCGCUUAACGAAGGAUUAGAGAGUUUAGGCAAUCCCCAAAUAUCUGAAAUAAUUUGUUUGGGACUGGGCAGAAUUGGUGAGUGUUUGAUAGCAAGAUUCCAAUUAGCAGUGCUCUUAAAUUUGAGCGAUCAAUUUUGCUCUAGAAUCUCGGUAUACGAUCCUAUUUUUAGUGCAACAGACAAAGAGAUAUUGCGUUCAUUUGAAGUUGAGGUUUUAAAUGAAAACGUAGAAGGAAAAUACUCGAUAAAUACCAAUAAGACAGUGUUGUUUUAUAUGCCUCACUGUUCGAAACAGUUAACCAAUAACUUACUUUGGGCUAACUGGGGUCUUAACCUAGGUCAUUGUGUUGUUGUGUCUAACAGUUUUCACAAGAUUAUAGAAUCAAAUUCCACUAGACAUGUGGUCGAGUGUGCAAAUUAUAUAACAAAAAUUUUACCCUACGUUUUUGAAGUUGCUAUCAUAAAUACGUUUAAGUAUUAUGAAGUAUUCAGCGACAUGGCUGUGCAUGUUUUUCCUAAAAUGAAUUUAGUUUGUCCAGAUGUAUGGGAAAAUCAUCAAGAACCUAGUUAUAAACAAAAUGAUGUAGAAUUCAUUUCAAAAACUGUUAAUAGCUUAUAAUUUUUUAAUACUUAGAUGUAGAUAUUUAAGACUGUUUUAAUAAAUAUGAUUUAAUGAACUAAA